AUGAGCGAUUUACCACAAUUAGCGGACAAGACAGAGCUCAUGAAACCAGGUCGAAAGCGGGCCGGAAGUACAGAUGAGGGUUCGGCAAGGGCCGAAAUUACAGAGAAACGCAAGAAAAAUCAUGUAAAAAAUGAGGAGUCGAAUUUGGCCAGUGUGAGUAGUGUUCUCGCGUCGCCCUCAAGUGUUCCGAUGUCGAAAUCCAAUUCAGGUAAAACGACAAAUGGAAGCACAGGAGCAAACGGAUCUACAGGAGCGAUAGGACACAGGCCUGUGACUUCGUGUACACAUUGCAGGCAGCACAAAAUUAAAUGUAACGCCAGCGACAAUUUCCCGGCGCCGUGUACUCGAUGUGAACGCAUGGGCUUACAUUGUGAAAUUGACCCGCAGUUCAGGCCCAAGAAAGGUUCCCAACUACAAAGUCUGAGAAAUGACGUUGACGAAUUAAAACUCAAAAUCGAGUAUUUGACGCGCAGCGAGAGUUUGAUUGCACGCGCUCUUCAACAAAGUUCGACGGGCCAGCAGCUUCUCGCGGCGGUCAAGGCCGUAGAUUUUUCAAGCCGUAUCGCGGGACCACGUCAGGGCGCAGGAAGCAGGACUCCGGCCAGGCAAAGUAAGGUAACAGCUCAAACUUAUCUUGCAAGUGAACCCCAAUUGUUGCAGGAUCAAUGCUCCUCAGCGAAUAGCCCGGACUCGUCAAGGUCUCGGUCAGUUACACACGAGGGUAGUCCGGCGAACGCAGGCGGAAGGCCAGAUCUCAAGCAGAUCUUGCCCGCGUUGCUGAACGAUUCUGCCCCAGCUAACAAUGCUAAGGAUUCGUUACCGCCAAUUCUACAAUUGGCUUUGGAACGUAACUCCUCGAGCAAAGCGACGCCGCAUGAAUCAUCCAAUAGUAGCCCCGGGAUGUCUUCAAAAGAAGAUAAGCAACCGGUGAGAAUGACGACCAACACCAUGCCACCAUUGCCCUCACCGCAAGCGAACAUCGACGAGUUUGUUAUUGGUGAUGUACAAAUCUCUGUGAGCAAGGCUAGAGAUCUGCAUCGCGUCUUCGUCACCAAAUUCCUGCCCUACUUCCCCAUAAUGUAUUCUAAUUCGGUAACCGAACUAUACUCACAAUCGCAAUUUCUAUUUUGGACGGUAAUGCUGACCGCUUGCCUCUCGGAACCCGAACCAACAUUAUACAACAAGCUUGCAAGUCUCAUCAAACAGUUAGCCAUAGAGACAUGCUGGAUCAGAACUCCGCGUUCCACUCACAUCUCGCAAGCACUACUGAUUUUGUGCAAUUGGCCGCUUCCUAACCAGAAAGUGCUCGAUGAUUGUUCUUAUCGAUUCGUUGGUCUCGCUAAAUCCUUAUCCUACCAACUGGGGUUGCAUAGAGGUCGCUUUAUGUCUGAGUUCUCAAGAACUCAGACUUCGAUGCCCGACGCAGAGAAGUGGAGAUCCAGAACUUGGUUAGGCAUUUUUUUUGCUGAGCAGUGUUGGGCAAGCAUUUUGGGUUUACCGCCCACUUCACAAACUGAUUAUCUGAUAGAAAGGGCAAGGCUUGAGGAGGAUGAAGAGGCCGUGCCUCGGCGGCUGAGGCAACUAAUUUGUUUGGCGCAUUUUCAAGCCAAGCUUUGCAGUGUGAUGGGUUCUAGUGUGGUAUCACCCGACGGCCUAAUGGAUGGUCGCGAGCGUGCCGGGGCUCUGGCAAUUUUAGAAAGAGAGCUGGAAAGGUUGGAUACCAAGCUCAAUUUCAAAGAUGACCCCGUCGUUGAAAUGUAUUAUUUAUAUGUGAAGCUGAUGAUUUGUUGCUUCGCCUUUUUACCCGAAACCCCGGCUGAAGACCAAACGAAAUACGUCACGGAGGCGUAUCUUUGUGCGACUAGGAUAAUCACACUUUUCACACAAACGCUUGAGGCGCAAAACCUUAUCGAAUUGCCGAUAUACAUCCGUCAAAGCGUUACCUAUUCGGCUUUGAUCCUAUUCAAACUGCAGCUCACACCUUUGCUGCUGAACAAGUAUCUAGAUUCUGCACGUCAGUCCAUAGUCACGGUCCACAGACUCUUUAGGAAUCAGUUGACCGCUUGGACUGCAAGUGUCGAGAACGAUAUUUCUAGGACUGCCAGCGUCCUUGAGAAACUAAACUUUGUUCUGAUAACAUUCCCAGACAUUUUCCUCGAGGAAGAAGGCAUUAUAUCUAGAAUGAGAUCGCACUUGACUGGUACACUUUUCUACGACCUUGUGUGGUGCGUUCACGAGGCACGGAGGAGACAGAUGGAUCCUACUUAUAACGAAGAAGCUAUCAAACGAAUCAAGGAAAAGAGUGAGGCUCGCGGGGACGACAUUUCUGUGGGCGAGCAGAAAGUUUACCCACUCCCAUUUUACAACCAAAUUUCAAAAGAAGAUUUCGAGACGGUCACCAAAACGACACCCGGAGGUACAACCGUUACGACUUUGGUCCCGACUAAAAAUGCUUUGAAACAAGCCAAAAAACAAGCAAAGAAACAGGGUCAGAUACCGGGCCCGGUCAAAUAUAUCAAUGGUAUUCCGAUCUCGGUGCUAGACGAAACAGGUAGCAUGAGAGCAGAAAAAUUUGGUGAGCGUGAGUUGGUUGAAGCCGGAAGCAUACCUGCGCUUACUUUUCCGGGCGACGUCUUGAGGAGUUCCUCCGCUGCCAAGAAUGUCGCUGUGGCUUCGCCCACAGUGCUCUCGCAGUCAAUGCAGCGCUCUGCUAGUGCUUCCAUGGCCGAAACCUCGGGCAGCGGUCGCCGCCAAGCUAAUAGUUCGUCGUCCGUUACAACAGGCAAUCCCAACUCAUUGUUUGCUAUGAACAACACUGUGGCCGCGAACGUGUCACUGAAUCGAACGCUCUCCUCGGACAUGGGCAUGCCUCCAGUCACGACCGCUGCGAGCGCUAGUCUGUCUGCUCAGAACUCAUACUCGAAUUUCGCGCUCUUGCUAGCCAAUGAUACCGGCCAGGCUUCCAGUCUAAUAUCCAGCGCAGCGCCUGGUCAAUCCCAACAGGUUCAGCCACAACUCUCCGAUCUCGAUAAUUUUUUUCAGCAGCAGAGUGCCGGCUGGUUUGAGGGAAGCUCGACUAAUGACGACUUUUUGGGCUGGUUUGAUACUAACAUGGCGCCUGAAUUUUAA